UUUCCCCUCCGUUCCGUCGCAUCGCUUCCUGGACCACCAUCAACCCCCUCUCCCUCCAAAACCCCAGAAAAAUCUCCAGGGUCAGGGUUAGGGUUUCCAAAAAUGGAAGGCGAUGAUCGAAGAGAAGAAACCAUUGCCCUCCUCGUGAUCAUCGUCCUCGCCGUCCUCGCCCUCGUCUCCCUCUUCAUCGCCUUCAGCUACUACUGCUACAUCAGCUCCCAAGUCUCCAAGCACCGCAAAUCCCUCGAAUCCGAGGACCAAACCCUAAAAAAACCCCACGACCUCGAACUCGGGCAGCCUCCGGCCCCCGAUGGCGGGAAAGUUGAAGCGAGAGCGAGCAGCGAGAGGGGAGUUCAAGUUUUCAGCUACAAGCAGCUGCACUCGGCGACGGGGGGGUUUGGGAAGGGGAAUGUGGUUGGUCACGGGAGCUUCGGUUCGGUUUAUAGGGGGGUUUUGGGCGACGGGAGGAAGAUCGCGGUGAAGCUGAUGGAUCGAGCCGGGAAGCAAGGGGAGGAGGAGUUCAAGAUGGAGGUGGAGCUGUUGACGAGGCUCAAAUCGCCGUAUCUUCUUGGAUUGAUUGGGUAUUGUUCGGAUAGAUGUCAUAGGAUGCUGGUUUAUGAGUACAUGGCGAAUGGAGGGUUGCAGGAGCAUCUAUAUCCUACUAGCGGUUCCCAAGGCGGUAUUUCACAGUUGAGCUGGGAGUUGAGGAUGAAAAUAGCUCUUGAAGCUGCGAAAGGCCUGGAGUACUUGCAUGAGCAGGUCAAUCCCCCUGUUAUUCACAGGGAUUUCAAGAGCAGCAACAUCCUUCUGGACAGAAAUUUUCACGCAAAAGUUUCAGAUUUUGGCUUAGCCAAGCUUGGCUCUGACAAAGCUGGAGGCCAUGUUUCAACUCGAGUUUUGGGCACCCAAGGAUAUGUUGCACCGGAAUAUGCGAUGACUGGACAUCUGACAACCAAGUCAGACGUGUAUAGCUAUGGAGUCGUGCUCUUGGAGCUGCUUACAGGAAGAGUUCCAGUCGACACUAAGAGGCCUUCUGGGGAAGGAGUUCUUGUAUCUUGGGCUUUACCCCGACUCACAGACAGAGAGAAGGUGGUACAAAUCAUGGAUCCAGCACUAGAAGGCCAGUACGCAGUAAAGGAUGCUGUUCAAGUGGCAGCCAUCGCUGCAAUGUGCGUUCAACCCGAGGCAGAUUACAGGCCUCUAAUGGCCGAUGUGGUGCAGUCGCUGGUCCCUCUCGUGAAGCACAAGUCCACAGCAAAGGUCGGCAGCUGCUCCAGCUUUCACACGCUACCCAAGUCGCCUUCAACCCCAGGAUCCCAUAAAGCCAUUUCUUGAAUGGCUUCAGACUUGGAAAAGUUUUGCAUUAACCUAGCUCGAGGUUAGAUUUAGAAGAUGACUUACCGACAACCUGAGUGCGCGCGUUGUGCAUUGAUGAACUCAGUUAUGUACUGUAUUAGUCAUGCUAAUGUUAUGAUUAUGAUGGAUAAGUCAUCUGUUCGCUAACUUCAAGUUUUCUCCUCCGUGUUGGUUCAGAAUUUUGAAGAAGUUGCAAGUAGGGUUUAAUAAUCUUGGCAUUACUA